UCGUGUCAUGUGGGCUAUUAGUAUAAUUAUUAUAGCGGUUUUAAAUUAAUGCAUCUUCAGUUUAAUUUGUGAAUUAUUCAUAACAAGCAGAAGUUUCACCGAUUUUGGAAACGAUGUUGGCAUCAGGAAUUUCUAUGAUGAAUUUUGGCCGUCUUGUUAACCGUACUGCCAAAUUGUGUUCAAAAUCAAGAAGCUGGAUAAAAUGUAACAAGAAAGUCUGGACUUUUAACGUUACAGAUUCUUACAGAACAAAAUCCACAGCUCAAACAUUCACCAUUGGACUUGACAGAAAAGAAUAUCUUAAAGAAAAAGAUUUAAAAUUAUAUCAAAGAGAAAUGGAAGAAUUUGAUGCAACAUUUAGUUUAAUUGUAGAAAAUCUUAUUAAUGAAGAUGAUGUACAAGAUGAAAGAAUAAAAGAUGUUUUUGUCAGAUUCAAAGAGAUUUUGGAAUGUAAUAUACCUCAUGGAAAAAAGAAUCGUGCAUUGGCUUUGGUUUCUACAUAUAAAUUAUUAGUUAAAUCCAAAAAUUUGGUUGAAGAGAGUAUAAAACUUGCAAACAUUUUAGGAUGGUGUGUGGAAAUGAUGCAUGCAUAUUUCCUAAUAUUUGAUGAUAUUAUGGAUCAGUCUUUUACUAGACGAGGAAAGCCAUGCUGGUUUAGAAAUGAAAACAUUGGAUUGAUGGCUAUAAAUGAUGCUAUAAUGAUCGAAAGUGGAAUUUUUUAUCUAUUAAAAAAACAUUUUAAAAAUUUGCCUUGUUAUGUAAAUGUUGUAGAAACAUUUCAUUCGAUGAUUAGAUUGACUUCUUUUGGACAAUGCUUGGAUAUGAUGUCUGAAUAUUCUCAUCAGUCAUCCAAAUUUGAAUUUUUUACUGAAGACAAAUAUUCAGCUAUAACUAUGUACAAAACAGCUUAUUAUACAUGUGUUCUGCCUAUAAAAUUAGCAUUAUAUUUGGCAGGUAAAACAAAUGAAACUGACCAUAGGAAUGCAGAGCAGAUUUUAUUGAAGAUGGGCCAGUUCUUUCAAGUUCAAGAUGAUUAUCUUGAUUGUUAUGGUGAUCAAGUGAUUACGGGUAAGCAAGGUACAGAUAUUGCAGAUGGAAAAUGUUCUUGGAUGAUUGUUACUGCUUUGAAAAAAGCAUCUGAAGAACAAAUAGCUACUCUUAAAAUGUCCAUAAAAUAAGGUUGCUCAUUUAGAGCAGUCUACAAUUAAAACGAAUGAAAUUUACAAGAAAUUUUUGAUUUGUGUUACUGAAGCCAUGGGAAUCAAGUUUAUGGAAAAUUUAAGUUCAAAAAAUUAACACUAUGAGUAAAAACACAGUGAUCAUAUCUGAAAAUUAUAGUAUUAUAUCAUAUUGACAUUACAGAACCUCUGUAAAAAUGCAAGCAAAGAAUUGGGCUUGUAGAGUUUUAUAAUUGUGUAGCAGGGCCAGUAUGGAUGAUGAAGUGGACAUAAAAAAAAUCAAUGAAUUUAUCUGCUGGCAA